GUGGGCGCAUGCGCAGAAGACGUGGCAGUCUGCGUAGCAGGGACCGAGGAGCUGGGUCGGUCUGGCCAGAGGCCUCCGGUUGUCGGGAUGGACGAGGAUAUUUUGACCACGCUGAAGAUCCUCAUCAUCGGAGAGAGCGGCGUCGGCAAGUCUAGCCUUCUGUUACGGUUUACCGAUGAUACAUUUGAUCCAGAACUUGCAGCAACAAUUGGUGUUGACUUCAAAGUGAAAACAAUAUCUGUUGAUGGAAACAAGGCUAAACUAGCAAUCUGGGACACUGCAGGUCAGGAACGGUUCAGAACGUUAACACCCAGCUAUUACAGAGGAGCACAGGGUGUUAUAUUAGUUUAUGAUGUCACAAGAAGAGACACUUUUGCUAAACUAGACAACUGGCUAACUGAACUAGAAACAUACUGCACAAGAAAUGAUAUAGUUAAAAUGUUAGUAGGAAACAAAAUCGAUAAGGAAAACAGAGAAGUUGACAGAAAUGAGGGUCUCAAGUUUGCCCGAAAACAUUCCAUGUUGUUCAUAGAGGCAAGUGCAAAAACAUGUGAUGGUGUACAGUGUGCCUUUGAGGAGCUUGUUGAGAAAAUCAUACAGACUCCAGGACUGUGGGAAAGUGAGAGCCAAAACAGAGGUGUAAAGUUGUCAAACAAUGAAGAGGGCUAUCGAGGCGGCUGCGGUGGCUACUGUUCUGUGUUAUAAACUCCGGAAGACUUAUUCUUUGGUGUAUUUAAAUGGAUAGUGGUGUCCUCUGUACAUAAACUUACAUCUGCUAUUUUAGGGACCUUGCGGUUUGCACAUAUUUGUGUAUCACGGCAGUGAACAUUUUUCUAGGAAAAUGUGCUCUGCAGCUUUUCCAGUUGAGAAGUGUUAUGGUUAGCAUGCCUAAUUUGAAACGUAUAGGUUCUUUUUAUAUGUAGCAUAAGAACUUGUUGCAGGAACAAAGACACUCAGAUUUCAUAAUUAUCAUGGAAUUACUUUGGGGAAAUAUUUCAAACACAUGUUGGCUUCAUUCUGUUUAACUCGGGUCUUUAACUCAACUAUGGCACUGUUUGAGGCACACAAAUCUCAAAUGGUACAAGUCGAUACAUGUAAAAUUUGCACAAUUUUAUUGGCAAAGGCCUUUUCUUACCAGUUUAACAGCAUGGAUAUACAAUCCCUUUUUAGCUUUAAGCAACACUUUUUCUAGCUUGUAACUAAUCCCAGUUAAAAUCUGUGAUCUUGAAAGAGGUGCAAAUUACUUUUGGCGGGGGUUGGGUGAAAAGAGGAGAUUUUAAAUUUUUUUCACUUCAGUGAAUACUAUGAUUGUCUAAUUGGAUUUUUUAUUUUUUUUAAUCCUGAAUGUGUGUGCGCGUGGCACUCUUGCACCAUGGCAUUUAUGAUGUAGUGUGCUAUGGACCUGCAGGAGAUUUUUUUCCUUUAGGUUACAGGCUUAAUGGAGUCUCAUUGUGAAUCACUUUGCCAAGCUUUGAAUGCUUAUUUCUAAAUGUUAGCAAUGUAAUUUAAUUUCAGUAACUCAAAACUGUUGCUCAUAUGUAAUUUGAAUGGUCUGAACCAGAUGACUGCUCAACUUGUGGCUGUUGGUUCUGAAGCUUAAAUAAUGUUUAAAAGCUCUGUCUUCUGGGUGUGUAUGUGUAAGGCAUGUGCUAUUUCAUUGGAAUUUGCUGUAACAAACAGCCAAUGAAUUGCUCAUUUCAGAGAACUUGUAUAGACUAAUAAAUUUUUUUCACAGUAUUCACUUUUUUGUAACAUCUUCCUCAUGUACAGGUGAAUUUUGUAAGACACAAUUGAAGAUCUCUUGGACUAUUGAUCCUGUAAUAGACAACACUAAUGACUUAAAAUACUGUGGGGUACUGAUAUUUUGCAGUAUGAGCUACUGUGCAAUUUCCUGUAAAUAUAUACAGUAAACUGAAA